GGCCUUCGGAAUAUCUGCCGAAGAAUGGGACUAUUGUCUGCACUUCAUCAGAUCCAUUAUUUCCCCAGGCCAAUGCUAUGGCAAAAAGAGUAUUUCAAACGAUAAAGAGGAUUCUGAAGAAAUCAAAUCUGGACAACGCGGUCCUGUGCCAUUAA